AUGAACGAAGACCCACAGUCUGAAAUUAUGGAAAGAUACAAUGAGUCAGCUUAUUUGAGAGAAGAUCAGCUUUCACAGUUUGACCAGAAUAAUAUUGUGGUUAAGGAAGAACAAACACACAUACAAGACCACCAUCCGUCAGAACUGGGAUCACAUCCUGAUGAAUUGCAAGAUCAAGGUAUACAUACUGUCAUAGAUGAACACGAAGACCAAGUGAGUACUCAAAAUAUAGUGGAUGAAGAAGAGUUACUAGCAGCACAAGCAGCAGCAGAGGCAGCAGCAGCAGCCCAACAACAACAACCUGGCGACGUUUUCAACAAUGUUGCUCAAGGGUUAUCAGGGAAACAUCGAGAUAUGAUGAUGCAAUAUUGGCAAGAGACUAUAAAUUCAAUAGAGCACGAUGAACACGAUUUCAAAAACCAUCAGUUACCCUUAGCGAGAAUAAAAAAAGUAAUGAAGACCGACGAAGAUGUGCGAAUGAUCAGUGCUGAAGCUCCGAUAUUAUUUGCCAAAGGUUGCGACGUGUUUAUCACUGAAUUGACAAUGAGAGCAUGGAUACACGCAGAAGAAAACAAAAGAAGGACAUUACAGAAAUCAGAUAUCGCAGCUGCUUUGACCAAGAGUGAUAUGUUUGAUUUUCUAAUUGACGUUGUUCCAAGAGAAGAGGAGAAACCCAAAAAAUCCAAUAAUAGUCUGUCGAGGUCGGACACUUAUGUAAAUACUCAACAAUCCCCACAGAUACCAGAAGUAGAGGAAGAGGUCCCCAACAUGCUUACACAAGAUGUCAAGAAUUCGCAUCUGGAUGCAUUGCAACAACAAAUAUUACAAGAUCAAUUAUUACAGCAACAGCUACAACAGGAAGUUCAACAGCAGUUGCAACAGGAAGUCCAACGUCAAUUACAGGAGGACGUAUCACCAUCAGGUCCUCAACAAGGUUCACAACAAGAAGAAGAUAUUACAAAUGGGGUAGAUAAUUCAAACGGUCAUAAUGAUGAAACUACUACUUAUCAGAAUUUUAACGGUUAUCAAAACAAUUAUUAG